GCGAUGCGGAGGCGCGGGCGUCUUGUCUGCCUGGUGCACGAAGUGCGGGAGGCUCCAGGCGGGGCCUACCGGCGGGGGAGGUCCUGGUGAUGAAAGGGAACCUUCCGCCCUUUUCUGGCGUUGGGGAGCCUCUUGGCAAUGCACAAAGAUGCUUACCAGGUGAUCUUGGAUGGUGUCAAGGGAGGUGCCAAGGAGAAGAGACUAGCGGCACAGUUUAUUCCAAAGUUCUUCAAACAUUUCCCUGAGCUAGCUGAUUCAGCUAUCAAUGCCCAGCUGGACCUUUGUGAGGAUGAAGAUGUUUCUAUCCGCCGCCAAGCAAUCAAGGAAUUACCUCAGUUUGCUACAGGUGACAACCUUCCCAGAGUGGCAGAUAUACUUACCCAGCUUUUGCAGUCAGAUGAUUCUGCAGAAUUCAACUUGGUAAACAAUGCUUUGUUAAGCAUAUUUAAGAUGGAUGCUAAAGGAACGCUGGGGGGCUUAUUCAGUCAGAUUCUUCAAGGAGAGGAUAUUGUGCGAGAGCGAGCCAUCAAAUUUCUUUCUACAAAACUCAAAACAUUGCCUGAAGAGGUCUUAACAAAAGAAGUAGAAGAGCUCAUACUAACAGAAUCAAAAAAGGUACUUGAGGAUGUGACAGGUGAGGAGUUUGUCUUAUUCAUGAAGAUACUGUCUGGUUUAAAAAGCCUGCAGACAGUGAGUGGGAGGCAGCAGCUAGUUGAACUGGUGGCUGAACAAGCUGACCUAGAACAGACCUUCAACCCAUCAGACCCUGAUUGUGUGGAUAGACUCUUACAGUGCACUCGUCAAGCAGUCCCACUUUUUUCAAAAAAUGUUCACUCUACAAGGUUUGUCACUUACUUCUGUGAGCAUGUGCUGCCAAAUUUGAGCUCUUUGACUACCCCUGUUGAAGGUCUUGAUAUCCAGUUAGAGAAUUGUCAUUUUCAGGUAUUGAAGCUGCUUGCUGAGAUGAGUUCCUUCUGUGGAGACAUGGAAAAGCUAGAAUCAAAUUUAAAGAAGCUCUUUGAUAAAUUACUGGAGUACAUGCCACUCCCUCCAGAAGAAGCAGAGAAUGGAGAAAAUGCUGGCAACGAAGAGCCGAAAUUGCAGUUCAGUUAUGUGGAAUGUUUGUUAUAUAGCUUUCAUCAACUGGGCCGAAAACUUCCAGACUUCCUGACCGCCAAGCCGAACACAGAGAAAGUGAAAGACUUUAAAAUCAGACUGCAGUAUUUUGCUAGAGGUCUACAGGUUUACAUUCGACAACUUCGUUUGGCACUCCAAGGCAAAACAGGAGAAGCAUUAAAAACAGAAGAGAACAAAAUCAAAGUGGUUGCAUUGAAAAUUACAAAUAACAUCAAUGUUUUAAUCAAGGAUCUCUUCCACAUUCCCCCUUCAUACAAGAGUACAGUUACACUCUCCUGGAAACCUGUACAGAAGUCUGAUGUUGGGCAAAAAAGAGCCAGUGAAGAUACAACUUCAGAUUUACCAGCAAAGAAAGCCCCAGCAGGACCAAAAAGAGAUGCCAGGCAGAUAUACAACCCACCCAGUGGAAAAUACAGUAGUAACCUGGGCAACUUUUCUUAUGAGCAGAGAGGUGGUUUUCGUGGUGGACGAGGGAGAGGAUGGGGUGGACGUGGUAAUCGCAGUCGUGGAAGAAUCUACUGAAAUACAUGGUAUUUUUCCAAAGCCACAAUGGCUAAAACAUCUGUGAGGUUUGAAGGAUUGCCUGAAGAGCUGCAUUGCUUAAAGGACUGCCUUCUGUGAAAGACUGACUUAAAUGUUCUUAUAUCUUUGUAUGUAUGAUCUACUUUUCUAACGGACUACAGACUCAUCCACAGUGAAGCUACAACUGUAAUUUUGGAUGCGCAACAACUGGCACUUGAGGUGUUUUUGUUUUGUUUUGGAAGCAUCUUCCGGAUUUAUUCAGGGGGAAAAAGCAUGGGUGUUCCAACUGAAGCUACUUCAGUACAGAUGUUACAUUCAUUUAUAAAUGCAACCAGUACGCAAUGGACUCUGUCGUGUAUAACAUUUUCACAUACUAGGUAAUGGAUGAAAUGUCAUAACUGAAGUUAAAAUUGGUAGCAACCUUUCUCCAGAAAAAUUCUUUUUUGCAAUAAGUGGGGAAGAGUGAUACUGCAAAGGCUGCCAAUGGUGGCACUGACUAUUGAUAGAAAUCCUUGACUUUUUGUGUGUGCAACGUGGAUGCAGAAGAUUCUGUGCUCUUAUCAUAAGCCAGUCCAUUACUUGUGUGGAGAAUGUGGUGUUAACUUUUUAACACAUCUUGCUCUUCUCCAUAUAUUGUAACAUAAAGUGUGUUUUGCAAAUGGCUUUUUUAAUGUUCUCUAUAAAUGUGUGUGUGCAUAUAUAUGACAAAAAAAAAUUCUAGAGAAAAAGAAUAAAAGUGCUAGUGAAACUAUCCCAAGAAUGGCAAAUCUGUGAUACUAUGGCAGUUCGUUAGUGGUAUAUGGGGGCAAAGGUUGUGUUCUCAUUGACUCCUGCUAACUUAGAAUUUGAAUUGGUUAGUCCUUACACAGUUCUGUUCUUGUUUUUUCAUUUAAAUAGCCAUGUUACAAAUAUUAAGUAUGGCAUACUAGAUGCUAAUAUGAUUCCACUUAUUCAGUUGCAUCUGGGUAGAGUCUUCAAAUCUCUUAAGAAUUCUUAAGGGAAUCUUUGUUUUAACAACAGGUGUCUCAGAAACUUUUUAUAGAGAAUAUAAAGUAUCAAAUGAUUUUGAUUUUUAAGCUUUUGCCACUUAAAACCUUUUUUUUAUUUCCAGAGGCAUUUUUGAAGCAUGAACAUAUAAAUUUUAGACAUAUAACCUCAGAAAAAAUUCUACCCUUCUGCAGAGAAACUUCAGUACCCAAGUUUAGAAAUCAAACUUCAGGAUUUAUGUAAACAACUGAUAGUCUCAGUGGUCUCUUACUCUCCGCUGUCCUGCCCCACUGCUAUUUCUCUUCAGCAUUUCGGUGUCCAUACUACAAACCAAAUAUCUGUACAUCAGGCAUUUCCAAAAGGUUCAUAUGUGUCCGUGACAGUUGUAAAAUCAGACAUGUCGUCAUAAUCACUUAUUUGAUCGUGGUCAUGACAAUCUUGUUGUUUUCUAUAUCCAGCACAAGCCUUUCUGGUAAAAGAGGUAUUUAGGAAAGUCAGAAAAAGUGGUUCAAGUUAAAGACAGCACUGACAUUGAUGCCAUAUUUGCUCUACUCAUGUUUAUAAAGGGAAAGUGAUUUUAAAGUUAUCAGAGUUCAAGCAUGUAAAAAAAAAGAUCUUCAUAUCCCAACAAUUACCCUAGAAACUGGCCAGUUCAAAAAGUAAACUGAUCGUUAGUUUAAAAAAAAAUAAAAAAAUUUGAAAUGCUCAGUGUGCUGCAUAUUUUGACAAUUAUGGCAACUGGAGGUUUUUCUAAAUUCUAAAGCCUAAUUUUUAAAGAUGUUUAAUCACUGCAUACACAGGUGUUUGUUUUGUUCUGGUCCCUUAAGCUUGAUUAAUAAGCUGACAUGAGAUUUUUCUACUUGGAAAUAAUGUGCAGAUUGUCCUUAGAAAUAGUUAAUGUUCACUUUGUGUUGCAGUGAAUUAUUUUGGAAACACCCAAUACUGUAACUUCAUUUUAUUUGUAAAAUUUCCUUUAUGCCUUUGCAAUAAAUCCAUUUUGUAAUUUUGUUAGUGA